CUCCAUGGCCGCAUCGUCACGUGUCGAGCACGUUGAGGGCGACCUUCUCACCAUAGACACCCAGUACAUCUGCCAUCAGACCAAUUGCAGGUCCGGCAAGGGCCUGGGCCUGGCCAAGAUCCUGUUCGAGCGCUUCCCGCACGCCAACGUGUACGCAGAGCGCAGGCCGUUUGUCAAGGGCACUCAGUACUCGGUGCCGGGCACGAUCGAGGUCCGCGGACACGGGCCGGGCCCUGACAACCGCGGCGUCAUCAACCUCAUGGGCCAGGACGCCGGCGGGCCAUGCAAGCGCAAGGGCCAGCGUGAGGCCCGCGCAGAGUACUUUGCUCUUGGUCUGUCCGCCAUCGCCGCCCUCGACGACCUCACCUCGAUUGCCUUUCCGCACAACAUCGGCUGCGGCAUCGCCGGCGGCCACUGGCCCGACUACCUCGCCAUGAUCGAGGCCUUUGCCGACGCUCGCCCUGACGUCCGCGUCGUCAUCGUCUCGCUGCCCAAGGCCAAGCAACAAGCCUGGGCCGGCGUUCUCGAACAGCAGAAGCGUGAAGCCGGCUACCGCGUCAAGGGCGACCGCCGCCGCCGCUGA